UCGUCCAAUCACAGCGUGCGCUUUUGCACCUCGUAUUGCCUCGCCUUCAAUCCGAAACGCGCUGAAUGGCUGCGUCAAUGCGAACUCUUUUGUUGAUAAAUAACUUUGAUGGAUUGAUUAUUUUUCAAAAGGAUCCUCGAGCUCUGCACGUCCUGCAAACAGUAUCGGUAAAAUUGCGCUUAAACAGCUGAAUGUAAACAGGAAAACAGGUUUGGUGUCUACAACUGAAGUGUUCAAACGUGUUUCGGAUACCAAAAGUUGUUAAAUCUGUCAGCUUACAUGUUGGAAAGGCCUCUCAAUGCAUUGUGACAUGGUAUUUUAGCGUAUCAAAUGUGCGCACUUACGUCUAGGAGAUUACGACAGACUGCAUUGUUCGUAGUGUGUAAAUGGUCAUGCACGCUGUUGACUUUGCCCAGGGUUGGAACAGUUUUGUUUUGUAUGGUGCUGUCAACCGAACUUGACAAGAGUAAGGAAGGAGGACGUCAAUGCCAUAUUGCAACCGUAACAUAUCCUGUGACUGAGGAAUGACUGAGUUCUUAAAUAUUUACACCGCCUUUAUACUGCAGUUUAGAAGCAAGAAGGGAGGUGGGACUCCUAGACCCCACAAAAUCUUGCAUGCGCUCUGCUCUCUAAAACAUUUUUUUUUUCAUCUGGACUUGUUAUAGGCUUACUUAAAACUGAAGUGUUGAAUGCCCCAGGUUUUUACUUGUCUUAUAGUUCCACACAAUUGCCAUGAGUCUUUCUCCACACCAAAGAGGAACCGUAAACCGUAUUAGCAAGCAGAAUGUUGAAGCCAUUGGUGAAACAAUGCAGCAUUCAGGAGAUCUGUUCUACAACGUAGGUGCUCCCUCUUUGGAGCAAACUCACAGCAGCCCAGAGGCUUUGGUGGAUUCUAGCCCUGAAGUCCAAAGUGUUUACAAAUCUGAUAAAGCAUAUCAGGUCCGAGGCCAUUUUCAGCAAUCGGAACCAGUAAAGUGGACACCUCAAAACCCAAUGCAGACUUCAUCUUGGUUUCAGGGCGCCCAGAACCUGAAUAAGUGGUCACAGAACUAUGGACCUUCUCUAGGUGGUAUGGAUGACCCAAGAGCCUUUCACAAAGGUCAUGAAAUGGAGUCUAUAAAGUUGGAGAAGCACUCACCAAGUUCCUCUCAGUCCUACACAGACACCGCUCCUAUUCCCGGGGCGGAUUGGGACCAUCACACGAUGGCAGCCAUGCAUCAUGCUCAAUUUCAGGCGCUCCAACAAGGUCAUAGACCUGCAGACCUCCAGUAUCAGCCUCAGGGAAUGCAUCACGAUAUGUCUGACUCUACUCUGCAACCCUUCCAAUUGGCAUUCGGAGCUACCAAGCCACCACAGGCGCCUGGUUUCCAACAAGUCUUUCAAGGCAACAGUGCGUCUUUAAAUAUUAAUUAUAACGAAAAGCAGAAAUCGCAACAGCAGCUCUUGCAGUUGCAACAGCAGCUUCAUCGCCAGCACCAGAUGCAACAGCUGCAACAAAUGCGUCAGUUGCAGCAGCAGCAGCAACAGCAACAGCAACAUCAAAUGCAACAGCAGCAGCAGCAGCAGCAGCUGCAUCAAAUGCAACGGCAAUACCAGCUGCAACAGAUGCAGCAGCAACUGCAACAGCAUGCACAAGGUUUUCAACACCCAGAGGCUAUAGAAAAACAGCGAGUCAAACAAGGAAUUGAGUCACAAGAUCUAGCCAGUACUCAGGUGAAAACAGAUUCGAGUCAGACCCAGGUUACCAUCCCCCAAACACAACUUCCUAUCCCUCAAGGAGCAAAUUAUCAGGAAUCGGGUCCUGAAGAGGCCACUCCAGAACUCCAGGAGACCCAAACCAAACGUCAGGUCCUCCCUCGCCGCUCUCGACGGCUUUCCAAAGAUGGACUCUCUCCUCAAGGUAACCAGGCAUCCAAAGAAAAGGUUUCUGCUCAGAAUGGAGGAGUAGGUGGAGUCCAAGGACCCACAGUGGGGGUCAUCCAGAGCACUCCGAGACGACGGAGGGCCUCAAAGGAGGUCAACCUUGAGACUCUAGCUCAAAAGGCUUCAGAGAUGGCGUUUUUGCCAGCAAAGUGUGAGGACGUUACUUCUGGCAGACCAGCAGGUAUGGCACCCCUAGUCAUCCCAGUUUCGGUGCCAGUUCGGAAAGGUCAAAUGGAUGCGCCGGGCAACUGGACACCGCUGGAUAAUAUUCAACAUCCCUCAGAGAUUUCACAUCAACAAAACCAGCCUGAUCGUAAACCCUCAGUUAUUGUAGCACGCCGGCUCUCAAUAAAGAACUCGGCAUCCGAGAGCUUCAUCCAGGGAAAAGGGCAAGAGGACAAAUCCAGGCGCCGCCCGCGUCCCGAGCCUCUGGUCAUACCUCAGCCUUGCACAUUCAUCACCCCUUCUGUUUACUCCAGCAUCACUCCCUACCAGAGCAAUCUGCGCUCCCCAGUACGCCUGCUAGACCAUGCCAGUUUCAUCCCUCCAUACACCCCUCCACCCAUUCUUUCCCCUGUGCGAGAAGGCUCUGGGCUGUACUUCUCUGCUGUCCUGUCUUCUAUGGCAGCAGGCAGCCAGGUCCUGCCACCUCCAUCCACACCCCGCAGCGCCACUCGAAGUUUACUGCAUUCAAGCAGUUCUGAAAUAACCCCUCCUGCUCUCUCAGUGAUUGGAGAAGCAACGCCUGUCAGCCUAGAACCGCGAAUAAACAUCGGCUCUCAGUAUCAGGCAGAAAUUCCAGAACUAUUGGAUGGAACUCUGGCCCUAAAGGACCAGCAUAAAGCCACUCUGGUCUGGCUCCCUAAUACAAAGGCCGAUUCUACACCCUCCCAGGAUACUAGACUUGAUGACCUGAUGAACCUGGUCUGCUCCAGUGUCAUGAAUGGAGGAGGAACCAACCCAGAGCUAGCGAUGCACUGCCUGCAUGAGUGCAGAGGGGAUGUCAUGGAAGCUCUGGAAAUGAUGUUGAUGAAGAAUCCCAUCUUCUCCAAGAACCACCAUCUGGCGAACUACCACUACGCUGGAUCAGACUGCUGGACUGUGGAUGAAAAAAGAUACUUCAACAAGGGAAUUUCUGCUUACACGAGAGAUUUCUUCUUGGUGCAAAAACUGGUGAGGAGUAAAACCGUGGCCCAGUGUGUGGAGUUCUACUACACAUAUAAGAAACAAGCAAAGGUUGGCCGGAAUGGCACAUAUACAUAUGGACCUUUAGAGCCAGAGGAUAGUAUCCCUGUGAUCAAAGUGAAACAAGAAGAAGAAAAUGAUAGCAGACAACCGGAGGGAACACAAGACAAUGUGACACUUCAGAACAUUAAGAAUGAGAGGGCAGCCGUGGCUCAUGAGGACCAGAAGAACAGCUCUGUGGAAGAGUCUUCUGGCCUGAUGCCAGCUCCUCCCCCCUCCUUCAGAACUCCUCCCCCUGCACCUCCGAAGCCUCACUCUGACAGUACCGGGAAGAAAAACAGGGCCUCGACUGGCAACAAAACUCAGGGGGAGCCGGAGGGUAUUUUCCCUUGCAAGAAGUGCAGCAGGGUGUUCUAUAAGGUGAAGAGUCGCAGCGCUCACAUGAAGAGUCACGCCGAGCAGGAGAAGAAGGCAGCAGCGCAGCGCCAAAGAGAAGAGGAGGAGCGGGCCGCUAAAGCUCGGCAGGAGAUGCUUCUGGAGGCAGCGAGGAGGAAAGAGGAACAAAGAGGAGGACAAGAAGAGAGUAGUGGAGCUGAGGAAAGCUCAGGAGAGCUGGAUGACGAGCAGGAUGAGGACUGGCAUUGACUCUUUUAGUAUUCUUUAGUACCAGCUAGUACCAAAAAUUUGCAACUUGUGCAUCCCAGUUAAGGGCAGUUGGGAUGUUUGAAAACAUAAAGGUGUCUGAAAUGCCAAAAUCUUAUUAGAAUUUUCUUUUGGUAUAUAUUUUUUAAAAGUGCAGAUGUAUGUCAGUUUAGCAUCAUGAAUGAAAUGCUUACGAAACAACGAUACAGAGAAUAUGAUAACAAUUUAAAAAGGUUUGCAGAGCUGAGUUUGAUUUUGAUCAAAAUACCUGAACAAAUUUUGCUUGCAUUCAGUGAGACUAUUUUUUUUAUUAUUUUAGAACACCUACUAAAAUUCCUCUUCAUGUACCUAUAAUUUCAAUUAAAUAUUUCUUUUGCAUGAAAUGUAUAUAAUGCUUAGAAAGAUAUAUGUUGACAUCUGUGUAUUAUACUGUGUACAAUAUUGAUGCUGUUGUUUUUUUAGUACUCUAAACUUAAAAGAAUAUGUAUUUAUGUUUUGAAUGCACUUAAAGGGAAGUGGAAUAUGUGGGAUAAAGGGAUUUUUAUAAAAACUCACAAGUUUAGCAAAUCACGAAUACAUUUUAAAUAUAUAGAUCACGUUUUGUUGACUAUUGUGACCAUGCUUGAUAUUUGCUAUAUUUCAUAAAUGAGUGCACAAUAAAAACAAACUUCCAGUA